UCCAUACAAAUACCUUACCAUUGACCAUUACCAACAUAAAUAACAUAAUAACAAUUCCAAUAUGGCUUCCAACAAAAUAUUAAAAAUGUUAUAAAAAUAAAAAUGUUUCUAUUGCCAUUUUAUUUUUUAAUUUUAGGUAUAAGUAGUGUAAAAAGUAAAUCUUUAACAAUAACAAAAAACAAUUAUGAUUUCAUAAAUCCUGUUAGCGAAGUGGUCGAAGAAAAGGUUGGAACAACGUUCUCCUUGAUAUGUGAACUGAUUUUAUCAGACCAAGAAAAAGAAAGUUCAGCAGUAGAUGACCAUCUAACAUGGGCCAAAAAAGAAAUUUUGUCAAACCAAACAGGGUUUCAAAAAAUCAUAUCCAGCAUACAGGGAAUAAACAAAUCGGAAAAGAAAUUUACUUCACUUCAAAUUGAAGACAAAGGUGUCUACACCUGCACAAGUCACAAAUUCAAUCUCUCAGUUGAUGUUACGGUUGUGUUGAUAGACAAUAUUAAAAAGAACGAUGUCAGACCUAUGAGGGAAACAAUAUUUUGUAAUGACCAAAUGUUUCAGUGUGUUUCAAAUGGUGUUUGCAUAAUACCUCAUUACGUCUGUGACGGACAGCCUGACUGCAAAGAUGCAUCUGAUGAAUCUAUUGAAAAGUGUAAUGGAGAGCCAUGUAGAGAUAAGAUUCCUUGUGAAGAUGGUAGAUGUAUUCCUAGCAGUUGGUGUUGUGAUAGACAUCUUGAUCCAAACUGUACUGUGACUAACAGACCAAAAUGUUGUCAAGUUCUUAUAGUGCCAGAAAGUUAUGAAGAAUUAGAAUAUGGGUAUCCCAGUAUGAAUAAUAAUCAGCACAACGGCGCUCGAUAUUUGUUUAUCUCAGUUUGUAUUAUUAGCAUCCUUUUCUCUAUCGUUUUGCUGCUGCUCAUAGUCUCCAAAGUAGUGAUAUUCGCCAAGAAGAGCGCUCUGCAACAACAGCGGCACCACAAUCUCUGCGAGAACAUCGCACUGCGCAACCAGACCAACGUCAACAUAAUCAGAGCUGAUUUCGCACCGGCGGGGAUCUACACAGUCCGCAACAAUUCUCGUACACCUCGCUCCAACAUAAUCAUAGACACUUCUGAAGUAAGCGAUCCGCUGUUGUUCACGGGAGCACGCAUUAACAUAGACAACUUUAGAGGGUUCAGCGAUCAACCUCCGUCGUACGUUGACGUGUUGAGAAACAAUAGGUUGAUCAGUGAACCUCCGCCACCCUACACGAGCAGAGAGAUACUUAAUAUUAAUGAAGAAAGACAGGAGAGAAGAUGAUGUAGUAUUUUAAGGCAGCUUGACCAUUGGUCGAAAUAAAAAUGAGGCCAUUAGAACACAAGAGGUCUAAGUGCCAAGUUUUGAGAAAACCUUGUGAAAAAUUCUAGACGAAUUUAACAAAUCUAGGUAGGUACCUACUACUUAGCAUGUUUUCAAUGACAUGUCAUUUUUGAUCAUUUUAUUGUUAGUUAAUGUAGAAAGUUUGAAGUCGCCAUGUUUUCUAUGUGUUUGGAAGUCCAUUUUUGUAUUUAAAACCCAAUUUUCUAAAAUUGUCACUUAGACCCCUUGUGUUCUAAUGGUCUCAAAUGUUCUACCUUGUUGAUAAAAACCCUGGGACCAUGUUACCAGAUCUGAUAAAUGGUAUUCAGCUUUGGUGAUAGUAGUAUGUUAGUAUUAGAUAUAAUAAUUAAGUCAGUAUUGUCGGACCGAUCCAUAUAAAAUAUAAGACUUUCAACUGAAUAUAAUAAUUGUACUUUUUUAUUUUGCAAGGAUGUAACAUCCACCCAUGGCAGUUUCUAAAUAAUAUUUUAAGUCACUUGUUGUAUACAAGUUGUACACUCAUUUGAUGUUGAACAGAUUUUAAAUUGAUGUUUUCGCAAUGUUGUUAAGUUUUACAACAUACUUCAAGUUUGUAUAUAAUUGUAACAAUAACGUUGGAUGAUGUAAUGUCAAAUGGGUUUUAAAUAUUGUUUCACUAUUAUCUGAUAUAUUGAAUUAAAACAAAAGUGGACACCCGCGCGGCCUCUCGUACCGAAAGUGAGAAUCAUACCCCCAGACUAUUGAGCCGCCAUAUAUCGUACAGAAAAAUAUAUAUUUUAUGUAUUUUAAUUUUUAGGUUAGGACAAAGAAAAUGAACGAGCUAAUUAAAACGAAACACAUUCAGAAGGAAACAUGGACAGACUACUUUCGAUUUUUAUUUGAUAAAGGUGAUGAUGAUGAACUAUUAACACCUGAACUGACGACACACGAAGAAAUAAACAUUAGAAUAGAACAGAGUAGAGCUAUGCUUUAUUGUCACUGAAAAUUUUUACAAUUUUAUGGACAAAGCUUACAUACAGUCAAAAGAAAACAUAAUAUCAAUAACAGAUAACAACUACAAUUUACUAAAAUUAGAUAAAUCGUCAAUAUAUGUACAGUAAAAUAUAAGACAUAAAGACGAAGAAAUAAACAUUAGAAUAGAAUAGAGUAGAACUAUGCUUUAUUGUCACUGAAAAUUUUUACAAUUUUAUGGACAAAGCUUACAUACAGUCAAAAGAAAACAUAAUAUCAAUAACAGAUAACAACUACAAUUUACUAAAAUUAGAUAAAUCGUCAAUAUAUGUACAGUAAAAUAUAAGACAGUAAAUAUAAAAGCCAAGACAAAAACAAUUUAUUGCAAAAUUUAUAUAAAUUGCAAAUUGAACAUACUUACAACAAAUAUAAUAAAAAACAUAAGGAACUGACAAGUUUAUGCUACUGCGUAUGAAACCCAAUUUUCUUAGUUAUUCAUUAAGAAAUUCUUCUAUUGAAUAGUAUGGUCUUUUAGAUAGAUAGGCUUUUGUCAUUUUACGGAACUUUGGGAAAGAUGUUGCAGAUUUAAGUUGUAACGGGAGAUGGUUGUACAGUUUAUUUGCGGAAUAUAAUAUAGAUUUCUUUACUAACUCAGUGGAUGGAAUCGGUAAAUAAAUGUCAAAGAUUGAAUUUCUGGUGGAGUAAAGAUGAUUGGGCCUUGCUGGAAAGACAUGAAGGUGUUUACGAAUUAAACAAACAGUUUCUAGAAUAUAUAAAGAUGUAAGUGUUAAAAUUCCGUGAUCUCUGAAGUAACUUCUGCAAUGUGUAGAUCUUCUGAGGCCAAACAGAUAUCUUAUUGCUCUUUUUUGCAAUUUAAAAAUAACAUUAAAUUGAGCAGCUGUACUAGAACUCCAAAAAGGAAGACCAUAUCGAAGAUGAGGCUCGAACAACGAAAAAUAUGUUAUUUUAGAAGAUGCUAAAUUGAGUUCCCUUGAGACAGAUCUUAUUGCAUAGCAAGCUGAGGCGAGUUUCUUACUUAACGAAUCGAUAUGAAGGGACCAUUUGAGGUUGCUGCCUAAAAAAAUACCAAGAAAUUUUACAGAAUCAACGGUACUGAUCUGGCUGUUAUUAAGAGGCAAAGGUUGAAGAGCUCCUUUAUAGGAUAAUGCUACUGUUUUAUUUACUUUAAAAGAGAGUAAAUUAGAGUCAGACCAGGUCUUUAUCGUCAGUAGAUCUGAAGUUAUAGUUUCAUGAAGAGAUGCAAUAGUUGAGUUGCUCCAAGUGAUACUGGUAUCAUCAGCAAAAAGAAAAAUUUAUAAAGAUAAGGAACAGAAGAGGACCCAAUACUGAACCUUGUGGUACUCCACAUAAAAUGUUUUUGAGACUAGAGUCAGUAUCAUUUGCUCUAACUAGUUGUUUCCUAUUAUUCAAGUAGGAUUGCAACCAAUUUAAAGAAAUACCUCGAAUUCCAUAGAAAUUUAGUUUUGUAAUCAAGAUGUCGUGAUUUACACAAUCAAAAGCUUUGGCAUAGUCGCAGAAAACAGUGGCAGUAUCAAGAUUAUUGUUUAGUGCUUGGUAAACCUCAUGUAGUACAGAAAACAUGGCAUCAGUGGUACAAUUAUUUGUUAAAAAGCCGAACUGAUUUUGUGAUAAAAUGUUGUUAUCAACGAUAAAGGACAAGUCGAGUUUUAAUGAGUCUCUCAAUAAUUUUGGACAGUACCGGUAGUAAGGCAAUAGGUCUAUAGUUGCAGGCAUCAGAUUUUUCACCACCCUUAUGAAGAGGAAUAAUAAUGGCUGUCUUUAGGCACUCUGGAAAUCUACCUUUUUCGAAGGAAUCAUUAAUUAUAGAGACGAGGAUUUCCAACACAUUUUCUGUGAGAUUAGAGAACAUUUUUAUAGAUAGUCCAUCAGUACUACAAGAUGAUUUGCUUUUGAUACUACUGAUUGAUUGGAUAAGUUCAGAGUUAUCGACUAGUCUUAAAAAUAAUGAAUUCGAGACCUUUCUUGAGUUAGAGAGAUGCGAAAUGGGAUCUUGUUGCGGCAAAAUAGUUGAUGUUAUAUUUUUACUCACAUCAACGAAGUAGUCGUUUAGACUUUCAGGAUUUGGAAGGGAAAAUGAUUGAGCUGUGUGAGUUUUAUUUCGAAGAUCGUUUAUUAUAGACCAAGUUUCUUUUGCAACACUUUUAGAGCUUCCCAGAAGAUUUUGAUAAUAGGCUUUUUUAGCUAAUUUGACAAGUUUUAGAUAUGUUGUCUUGUACUUCGUGAUAUAUUCAGUGACAGAAACAUUGGUAGUAAAUUUCUUGAUGUAUAGUAUAAUAUGAUCUAUAUUCUGGGCUGAUAUGCGAAUACCUUUCGUAACCCAAGGUUUCCGAUGUUUUGGCUUAAUAGGGAUUAAAGGAAAUGCCUUAUUGAAGAUUGAGGAGGGAGAAAAAAGAAAAAUUAAGAAAAUUAAAAAAUAGAAAAUCACCAGGAGAAGACAGAAUAUCUAAUGAACUCCUAAAGUACGGAGGACAAGAUCUGACCAAACAACUACUAAAACUAAUCAAAAAAAUAAUAGAACAAAACAGAAUACCGCAAGAAUGGAGAUCAAGCAUCCUAAUAUCCCUCUUCAAAAAGGGAGACAAAUCGGACCUGAAGUCAGAAGAAAAAAAUACAAGAGCAUUACGAAAACGACAAAAGAAUUCAAACCUUGAAUAUCCUGUAAAAAUAAGGAUGGCCCUAUAAUUAGUGACAAAGACAGACAUUGAACAGAUGGGCUACACAUUUUGAAGAAUUUUUAAGUAAUAACAAUGAAGAAGUUUGCUGCCCAGGGUAUUCCAUGGCAUUUAUCAUUCUAGGGCGGCCCAGAUUUAAAAAUGAUGCUUUUAGAAUAAGAUAUUUUAAUACCACAUAUUAAUACCAUAUUUAGUACAUAAUAUACCAAAUAAUAGUGAAAUAAUAUUGACUCGUGAUCUUAAGCUCUUGCCUAGAUUGCAAAUAAUUAAACAUAUCUUAAUUAAUAUCAAGUUUUUUUCUACAAUUUAUUGUUAUACGUACUAAAAAAAGUGUAUUAUUUUAGACUGAUUAGGAACAUAUCUCUGAAAAAACAAACUCAUGUUUGGGUUAAUUAUAUCAAUGCAAAUGUGAAAUAUUUAUUAUAAUGUUUACAAGGUUUUUUAGCUAAUAAAACUACAUAUCGUUCAUUUGGAAGAACAGGGUUGCAUCUCAAAAUGUUAGUUUUUUUAUUGCAUCAAUAGCUUCCAAAUAAUGUCUUCUACUAUGGAAAAAAUAGUUACGUGUGUAAGUACCCUAGUCUCCGAGAGAUGGCAGAUGUAACUCUUUGGCUUUCCUCUAACUUUAUCUACUGAACAUUAUUCGCUUUAGAGAAUACAGUUAUCUUGGAAUAUAAUCGACAAAAGAUAAGUUAAUUUAAUUAAAAUGGUGAUUUAUUUUUGGUAUAUAGAGUUAUAAGUAAAGAUAUACUGAUUUUUCUUAAAAGUUAUAACACUAAAAGUGAACAAUAUUUUCUGAUAGAAGGAUACUUUCUUAGUUGUAACUUUUUUUUCGAUAAUACAUUAUAAAAAAGAAGCAAUAUAGUUUGCGUAAAAAGUAGUUUUGUGAAAUGUAACCUUAUUCUUCAAAGUUAUUUUGUUGUGAAGUUAAUAUCAAUAAUGUUGCUUAAAGAAAGAUUUUACAAAAAAAGUGGGAAUAACUGAACCUGAAAAUUAUUGUUGUCAUUAAUAAAGAAAAGCGAUCUGUUCAUGGAUACUACUUAAGUUUUCACAAAAAUCUGUAAAGAAAAACAAUUAUUAUUAUUGCUUUAUGUAUAAUGGAUACGAACUACUUAAUUAGUUUUUUUAAUGUUUUAUUAAUCAGUUUUAUUAAAUCAUAUGAUAUAAUGGCAUUUUUAAUAAUACUUUAUUAAUACAAUUUCUAAAAUGUAACCUUAUAAGCAAACACAAUGUUUUAAAAAGAAAAUAUGUCUUUAUUGAAGAAGGUUAUAUCGAAGUUUUUUUUUCUAAACCUGAUAUCUUAAAAAAGAAAAUUCUUGUUAGAACGAUCAAAAGAUCAGAAAUCUAUCAUAUUCAAUCAUUAAAUCCUAUAAUAUCAAUAAACACUGCACAAAAUAAAUGAAAUAAACUAAUGCGACUUUUAAAACCUUUCUAUCGAAAAUGUGAAAAUUCGUAGAGUUGCAACCCUCUUCUUCCAAAUGAACGAUAUAGAUUAUAACAAAGUAUGUUAUAUAGUUGUACUAAACUUAAUAUAUUGAUUUUAUUCAA